AAAGUUGCAUAGUUUGAACCCCUCUUUGCCUCCUUUCCUUCUUUCGGCCGCGCGCGUACACAUUCUCUCCGCCUUCCAACCAUAAUCGUUUUCCUUGCUUCUCUCUCUAUAUAUAUUCAUCUAUAUAUACGCACAUACUCACACGUGUGAGUGAGCGUAUAAGCACUCCUAUCUCAUUCGUUUUUUCUUUCCAUUCACUUCACAACGCCGUUUCACUCUUCCGCCGCCGUGGCAGUGGCGCGAGCUCGUGCAACUUUCCCUUUUCUCAAGGUUUUCCAGGGUUAAUUUUGCUAUCAUGGAGCUUGAUGCUCAUGUUACCCCCGAUAAUAAUGAUGUGAUACCUUAUUCAGGAACGCAACCCAAUAAGCGGAUGAGAAAAAAGUCUAUGGUGUGGGAAUACUUCACAGUAGAAGCUGUUGGAGCUGGAUGUACCAGGGCUUACUGUAACCAGUGCAAAAAGUCAUUUUCUUAUAUAACUGAUUCAAAACUAGCUGGUACAAGCCAUCUGAAACGACACAUUUCGAUGGGAAUCUGUCAAGUACUUCGGGAGAAAAACCAACAAAUCUCAUAUCCCAAAACAGAUGGUUCUCAAUAUAAUGCCAAUCCUCCCAAGAAACGGCCAAGAGAGAAUUCUAGGUUUACUAAUGGUAUCUCAUUUGAUCAGGAGCGUUGCAACCAUGAUGUUGCCAAAAUGAUAAUUUUACAUGAUUAUCCUCUUCAUAUUGUGAAGCAACAGGGUUUCAUUGAUUUUUUGCGGAUUCUUCAACCCCAGUUCAAUCCAUCAUGUCUAAAUUCUAUUGAAAGGGAUUGUAUUGCUAUUUACCUCAGGAAAAAGCAAAAUAUGUUGAAUGUCAUUAAUGUGAUUCCUGGACAAGUCAACCUGACAUUGGAAUUGUGGACUUCCAACCAGGCAAUGGGCUAUGUUUUUGUUCGAGGACACUUCAUUGAUAGUGAUUGGAACUUGCAUCGUCCUAUUCUCAAUGUCGUUACAGUACCAUUUCCUGGUUCUGAAGAUUCUUUAAAUCAAACUUUAGUGACAUGCUUAUCCGAUUGGCAUUUGGAGGGUCGGCUGUUUACUCUUGCUCUUGAUAAAUCCUUUUCCAGUGAGAAUGUGAUAGAAAAUCUGAGAGGCCUGCUCUCUGUUAAGAACCCUGCCACACUCAAUGGUCAGUUGUUAAACCAGAAUUGCUAUGCUCGUGUGCUUAGUCGCCUUGCAGCUGAUGCACUAUGGGCAAUGAGAGAAACUAUUAGCAAGGUUCGCGAUAGUGUGAAGCAUGUGAAGUCUUCAGAAACCCAUAAAGAGAAGUUUAUUGACUUGAAGCAACAUUUACAAGUACCUAGUAUGGUGAAUCUUUCAAUUGAUGACCCGUGUAAAUGGGACACAACUUAUCAUAUGCUUGUAGCUGCCUGUGAAUUAAAGGAAAUCUUCAUCUGCCUUGAUACCACUGAUUCUGAUUACAGAAUGACUCUAACAAUGGAUGACUGGAAGCAGGUUGAAACUCUCUGCACAUAUUUGAAGUAUUUGUAUGAUGCAGCCAAAAUUCUGACACAGCAACCGUACCCAACUUCAAAUUUAUUUUUUGCUGAAGUGUCAAAAAUUCAGGUGCAGCUGACACAAGCAGUCUUCAUCCAGGAUCCUUUCAUAAGAAGUUUAAUUUUUCCUUUGCACGAGAACUUUGACCAAUAUUGGAGAGAAAGCUGCAUCAUCUUGGCAAUUGCUGUAACUAUGGACCCAAGGCAUAAAAUGAAACUUGUGGAAUUUACCUUUGCCAAGACAUUUGGUGAGAAUGCUGGGGCCUGGAUAAAGAUAGUUGAGGAUGGUCUUCGUGAUCUAUUCAUUGAAUAUAGCACCCAAAUGUUUCUUAAAGCAACAAAUGAUGAUGAUGGGGAUGACAUUAUGAUAAAAGAAACAUGUCAAGAAGAUUCUAUUGACUGCUCUCUUUUUGUUGAUGGUGAUGGUCUUUCGGAUUAUGAAUUUUAUAUAUCUGAUUUUACUGGUAACCCUCAAUUUAAAUCAGAAUUGGAAGAGUAUCUGGAAGAGCCUCUGCUGACCAGUGUAGAGGAAUUUGAUAUUCUGAACUGGUGGAGUGUAAAUGGAUUGAAAUACCCGACAUUGUCUAGAAUAGCAUCUGAUAUUUUGUCUUUACCAGUUUCCACAUUGUCUGCAGAUUCUGUUUUUGACACCCAGAUUAGAAAAAUGGAUAGCUACCGUAGUUCUUUAAGCUCUCUCACUCUUGAAGCCCUUAUUUGUGCCAAGGACUGGUUCCAGUCAGAAUGACUAUAGAUAUUUCAGUUGUACAUGGGAAAAUGGAAUUUCAGGUAUACAUUUUUUAUGAAGUGGCAUAUUACAGAGUAGAUUUUAAUUCGUGUUAUUGUCAGGAUUUUCAUUACAUGUUUAUAGUAUAAAGGUUAAUUCUAUUCAAAUUUAAUCUUCUUGCCCAAAAUAAACCUUUUGUAACAAGAAAUGAUUUUAUUCAUACUUUCAUUGUUUCAAUGAAAAACAUGAAAGAUUCAUAGUUUCAAGAUUUGAAUGAAGGACGUGGAAGGAUUGCUUUUCUA